AAGAAGUUAAUUAUACCAAAAUUGAGGUAAGAGAAGAACACAUAAUUUUCUUUUUGAGAGGAUGCAAUUUGCACUAUGAAUAAACCAAAGUGAAAUGAAGAUUAAAAUUUGAUAAGUAAAUGAAAUGCUAAAAUGAGGGGUAAUUUUGUAUGGCUUUUUACUCUGAGACACCCAAAAAUGGUAGUCAGUCACGUCAACACCACCAUUUUUCUCUCUUUCUUCUCUCCAACUGUUUGGUCUGUUAUUAGUUUUAGGAGCUAAAUCAGGAACCAGAGAAAUUUAUGUUGUUGAAUCUCACCCAAUCAAAGAAAAGAAAAAGAAAAUAAUUAAGUAAGAAAUUUGGAAAAAAAGAAAAAAAGAAAAAAAAAAAGGAAAAAAAACAGAGAAAGAAAAAGCCGGUCUUCAGUACCAACCUCUCUUUUAUUAUUUUUUUUUUCUCUUUUUUGCUUUCCCUAUCAAUCCAACAAGACAAUACUUUCAUUUGUUUUUGAAAUCCGAAAAAUACCCAUUUCAUAAAACAACAGCAACCCAAGAAACCCAAAGACAGUCUUUAAAAAACCAAACCAGAACAAUAAGAACAGCAAAGAUUGAUGUUUUUGUUUUUGUUGUAUUUAAUUGUCUCCAAGUUUCCCUUUUCUGGGUUUGCUUAAAAAAUGUGUCUUUUGUCCUAAAAACAACACAACAUAUACAAUAUAGAGAGUAUGGGAGAAGGAGAAUAGGCAAAAAAAUGCAGGAGAGGUAGAAAGAGUUGGCCCUUUUUUUUGUAGGUAGAAAGAGAAUGAGCAAGGAGCAUGGAAGUUUUGCUAAGGGUUGGGAAGCAACAGUAAGAAAAUCACAAGCUGCAUUAAAGAAAAGAUCAAAUUCAAUCUUUGGCACAAUGAUGUCAGCAGCAGUAGCUCAUGCAGAUGAUGAUGAUCCUUUUGGUACCGAGUCUGCUAUACAUACAGAAAGAGUCUUCUCCAAUGGUGAUUUUUAUACUGGCCAAUGGCUUGAUACUGCCCCUCAUGGACAAGGUAAAUAUCUUUGGACAGAUGGGUGCAUGUAUGUUGGUGAAUGGUAUAGAGGGAAAACUAUGGGGAAAGGUAAAUUUAGUUGGCCUUCUGGUGCUACUUAUGAAGGUGAUUUCAAAAGUGGUUAUAUGGAUGGUAAAGGGACUUAUACAGGUUCUUCAGGUGAUACAUAUAGAGGUGCUUGGGUUAUGAAUUUAAGACAUGGACAUGGUACAAAAAAUUAUGCUAGUGGAGAUUAUUAUGAAGGUGACUGGAGAAGAGGUUUGCAAGAUGGACAUGGAAGAUAUCAAUGGAAGAAUGGGAAUAAUUAUAUUGGUCAUUGGAAAAACGGUAUAAUGAAUGGAAAUGGAACUAUGAUUUGGAGUAAUGGUAAUAGAUAUGAUGGAUUUUGGGAAGAUGGUUUGCCUAAAGGAAAUGGUACUUUUAGAUGGUCAGAUGGGAGUUUCUAUGUGGGAGUUUGGAGUAAGGAUCAUAAAGAACAAAAUGGGACUUAUUAUCCAUCUGAAUCUUUGUCAGGGAAUUUGGAUUGGGAUCCGCAAGAUGUGUUUUUGGUGGAGUUAAAUGAUUGUCAGAUUUCUGCUUGUGAAAAAGUUUCAAUUUUUCCAUCACAGAAGUUAUUGAAUUGGCCUGGAAUUGAUCAAGGAGGGAGUGUUAAGCCAAUGAGAGGGAAUGGUGAUGAUGGAAGGCCUAGGCGUAUAUCCUUGGAUGGUAGGUUGAGUAAUUACAGUGUAGCUUCAAUGGAUAGUAAUGAUGUUUUUAGUGGUGGUGGUGGGGAUGUGGAUUGGAAGGAUGGAGAUGAUGGGUUUAGUCAAUUUGAAGAUUUUGAAUCAAGAAUGCAGAGGUUGAAUAUACAGUCUGGGAAGAAGCAAGGCGAGACUAUAUCCAAAGGGCAUAAAAACUAUGAGCUCAUGCUUAAUCUGCAGUUAGGAAUCAGACAUUCAGUGGGAAGGCCUGCUCCUGCCAUAUCUCUUGAUUUAAAGGCUUCAGCUUUCGAUCCUAAAGAAAAAGUUUGGACUAAGUUCCCACCUGAAGGAUCCAAGUAUACUCCACCUCACCAGUCUAGUGAUUUCAAAUGGAAGGAUUAUUGCCCUGUUGUUUUCAGGACUCUCAGGAAAUUGUUCAAUGUGGAUGCAGCUGAUUACAUGCUGUCCAUAUGCGGGAAUGAUGCCCUUAGGGAACUCUCCUCCCCAGGAAAAAGUGGAAGCUUCUUUUACUUGACAAAUGAUGACCGUUACAUGAUAAAGACGAUGAAGAAGUCAGAAGUAAAAGUACUCUUAAGGAUGCUGCCUGCCUACUACAAUCAUGUUCGGGCAUUUGAGAACACUUUAGUUACCAAGUUUUACGGUCUUCAUUGUGUGAAAUUGGCUGGUCCAAAUCAAAAGAAGGUACGAUUUGUCAUAAUGGGGAAUCUUUUCUGUGCUGAAUAUACCAUUCAUAGGCGUUUUGACUUGAAAGGUUCUUCCCAUGGUCGUACAACUGCUAAACCUGAAUCAGAAAUUGAUCCAUCAAUGACCCUCAAGGAUCUUGAUCUCAAUUACAAUUUCAGAUUACAGAAAGCUUGGUUCCAAGAGUUUUGCAGGCAAGUUGACAGAGAUUGUGACUUCCUUGAACAAGAGAGAAUUAUGGAUUACAGUCUCUUGGUUGGUGUUCACUUUCGGGAAACUUCAUACAGGGAAGCCAUGACACCACCUCGUUUAUCUGGAGUUAGGACACCUACUGGCCUUCGCACUCCAACCGGACUUCUUACUCCUACUGGAAAUGUAGACUCGGAUAAUGAAUUAGGAGCGCAACCGCGCCUUUCUAGAGUAGACAUGGAUAAGCUUCUGAUCGACCCUGCUCGGUGGGCUUCGAUAAAGCUAGGCAUUAACAUGCCGGCACGGGCUGAAAAGACAGUGAGAAAAAGUGAUUGUGAAAACCAGUUGUUUGGAGAACCUACUGGAGAAUUAUACGAGAUCAUUAUAUUUUUUGGUAUAAUAGACAUUCUACAAGACUAUGAUAUUAGCAAAAAGCUUGAGCAUGCAUACAAAUCAAUGCAAUAUGACCCGACUUCAAUCUCUGCUGUUGAUCCAAAGCAGUAUUCAAAACGCUUUAGAGACUUCGUUCUAAAAGUUUUUGUAGAGGACACUUAAAGGUGGUAUAGAUUGACCAGAAUCUUCAACUUCCGACCUGUGGCCAGAAUCUGUGUAUAGUCAGUCCUAUUUAUCUUUUGGGAGGAUGACAGUACUUGCAGGUAAAAAGGUUACCUCUGCAAUCUGCUGCUUGGUGACUGGGGACUUUUUGUGGCUACCAGGUUGGUUCAGCAUAGGAAUUUUUUCCCUCAACAAAUCAUCUCUGUUAACUUACAGUUGCAAACAUAUGAUAUAUGUAUAUCCUAGGAAAGGUACAGAUUAGCAUGGUAAGCCAGAGUUACUUGAGCUUGUUUAAGUUGUAAAUCAGUUAACCAGGUGAAGAACCUAUAUUGAAUUUGAUUCUUUUUGUACCUAGUUCUUUUUUUCUUCAAGAAAAUCAGAAGUUCGCUCUUUGCGGCAUCAAAUAAUCUUGUAUAGAAGGAAUUGUAAUGGAACUAACUUUUAGGGUCUCAUUUAAUCUUCAAAAGGAAUUCUUUGUUGAUGAAGAAGUAUCAUCAGCCUUCAAAA